GGUCUUGGCUCCCUGAACCGUGAGAACGCCGGCGAUCGGCGGCGCCUCCACGUCGUCGUCGUCGUCUCGUUGUUCCCACCAAAUACACCCGAGUCAACCGUAUCGCGUCCAGUGCGCGUGUAUCACCCCAAAGAUCGACGACCCGAUCCUAUACCGAUUCCCUUCGAGCGAUUAAAAAGAAAAAAAAAAUAUACACGUAUACCCUGUACGAUCGGCUUGUGUAACCGUGCCACCGAUGUGGGUGUGACGACAGCAGGUCAGCUUGCAUUGGUGAAAACGAUAUCUGUGCGGGCGGUGGAUGAGGUUACCGAUCUAGAGAAGAAGACAAGAAGAAGAAGAGGUCGAGGAUGCCGUACUACGGGGAUGGGGCGCCGUACUAUUACGGCGGGGGCGGUGGCAGUCCCUUCUCCAAUCACAGCUCGUUGAUGACGAGCGUUGGCCGCUACUACAGCCCGAUCGCGGCUCGCUACUCGCCGCACCUGUCGACGAUCUCGGAGUCGCCCUCGCCCUUUGGCCACCGCCGCCGCCACGUGUCCACCACCGGCGCGUCCCCAAGCGGCACCGCCGCCUUUGGCCGGCCCCGUCGCACGAUCGACACCGCCGACAUCGACGUCACCAAGCCACCGCGCAACUACACCCAAGACACCCACCACAACCAGACCAACAAUCGGCACCGCCUCCGCCGCGAUCGCCCGACCAUAAAGAUCCGCUCGCAGGCGCUCAAGGACAACCCGGCCCUGCGCGAGUACAACGAGAAGCACGAGAAGACCGUCGGCGAGCUCCUGGUCGAGAAGUUCCUCAUCAAGGACAAACAGCCGGCUGCCGAGCGCAGGAUGCGGCUGUACCACCAGGCGAGUCUCCUACGACUACCCGAGGAGGAGCCAGUCAAGGGAAAGGAGGAGGAGGAGGAGGAGGACUUGUUGGCCGCGAUGAGGCGACGCGUCACCAGGCGCAUGACCCGAAGGAGGUCCUCGGCGGACGUGGUGCCCAUGAACCCGGAGCAGAUAGAGCGGGAGGCGGCGCUGCUGGCCGCGCAGGCCGAGGCCCUGGACAGCCUCGUGGCGGAGGAGCAGGCCGAGAUCGAGGUCGAGGUCAGACGGGGCACCUUCGCCAAGAGGCAGGCCAUGCGCUGCCUGGCCGUCGACGUGUCCGAGACGGAGGACGAGGGGGACGAGCCGACGGCCCCGAGGAAGAGGAAGCACCAGCGCAAGAGAUCAUCGAUGGAGAGGCGCGAAGUGGAUAGCGACGAGGAGGAGGAGGACGACGACCAGGUGAUCCUCGAGAUCCCGGAGAGCGUGAUCGAGGAGGAGGAGGAGGAGGGGGACUUUGAGUGGGACGACAGGGUCAAGUGCGACGAUGUCGGGGCCAUCGUGCCGCCCGGCAAGGACGAGGUGAUCAUCAAGAUAAACGACGUGGUGGCGGCCCAGGGCGCGCUCGGGCCCAGAGUGGAGGAAGCGAGGCGGGGACUGUUGCCGAGGAAGCUGAGCUUGGAGAUCAUCGACGAGAAGAUCCAGGAGACGCGCAAAGAGAUCAAGGACCUGAUCUGCAAGGAGAAGCGCUUCCCGGAGCUCAAGCGUAGGGAGAAGAUGCUGAAGCUUGACGGCAACGACAGGGCGGACCGAGGAAAAGCAAUGGAGGUGGGGGAGGUCGUGCCGCGCUUCAAGAUCGAGGCGUGCAACAGCGUCGGGGACUUUUCCACCCUGUACGUGAAGGCAGCCAACGCCGAGCCGGCUCGCAAGGUCGAGAGCCACCGCGAGAGCGUGAGACUGCCAGCGCCGCCGUCCUUCCUGCAACAUCAGGAGGUUGGUGAAAGCAGGGGGGACGUGGUGGAGACGACCGAGGAGAUAGUGUUGCCGAUGCGCAAGCCGUACGUGCUCGAUGCCGCGCGCAACAGUGUUUACCUGGCGCUGAAGCCGAGCCAGAAGGACCGGCGAGCCAUUGUCGAUGAAUCGGAGCUUGAUCGGCGGGGAUCGAUCGUUAUCGACGAAACGAGGAAGGAGAGCGUUGCCAAGUGCACCGAGGAUCGGUCAAAGAUAGAAAGUGGCGCCGAUACGGUUCGAGUGGUCGGUGAGAAGGGGGAGGCUGGCAGUGUUGGUGCGCCAGUCGCGGCGAUAUCGGCCGGGAUCGGUGGUAAGGAGGAGUUUGUCGCCUGGUGGGACGAGUCACCUGCCGCUAAGGUAGAGGACAAAAGUGCGCCCGCUGCCUUGAGCAAGUCUCUGGAGAAGUCGAGCGCGGCUGAAGCUGUCGUCGCUGGGAGCGAUUCGAAGAGUGCAGCGAAGAGGGAAGUUGGCGAAAGUGUUUUGAAGCCAGUGGGUGACAAGGGAAGGGACAAGUCGAAGAGUCCCGCUAAAGAGACAGCAGCUACCAGAGAAGCCAUCAGUGCCGUCGAGAAAGUCCGAGAUAAGGUUGCUGUUGUUACCGAGGCAAAGAAGGAGGUCAAAGAUAAGUCAGAACUUAAGAGCGAGAGAGAGAAACCUGUCGACAAAAAGUUAGAAUUAAAAGCUUGUACCGAUAUUAAAAUCGCAGGGGGAGAAAAAUCUGUUGUCAAAAAGGUAGAGCCGGAAGAAAAGCAAGUAAAAAGUUUGGUGGAGGAGAAAUCUGUUGACAAAAAGGUAGAACCGAAAGAAAAAGUAGCUAAGGGUUUGACGGACAAGAGUGAAUCGAAACUAAAACCCACCGAUAAAAAGGCAGUAAAAGGUUCACCGGACAAUAAAAUCGUAGUGGAAGAAAAAUCUGCCGACAACAAGGUACAGCCCAAAGAAAAGGUAACGAAAGGCUUGACGGACAAUACAACCGUAGUGGAAGAAAAACCUGCUGAUAAAAAGGUAGAACCCAAAGAAAAAACAGCAAAAGCUUUGACGGACAAUAAAAUCGUAGAGGUCGAAAAACUUGUCGAUAAAAAGACAGAACUUAAAGAAAAAGCAGCAAAGAGUUUGACAGAUAUUAAAAUCGCAGGGGAAGAAAAACCCAUUGAUAAAAAGGUAGAGCCCAAAGAAAAAGAAGCGAAAGGAUUGACAGAUAUUAAAAUCGUAGUGGAAGAAAAACCCAUUGAUAAAAAGGUAGAGCCCAAAGAAAAAGACGCGAAAGUUAAAAUCGUAGUGGAAGAAAAACCCAUUGAUAAAAAGGUAGAGCCCAAAGAAAAAGCAGCAAAGAGUUUGACGGACAAAAAAACCGAAGCAAAAGAAAAACCGACUGACAAAAAGCCCGACUCCAAGGAGAAAGUACCGGAAAGUAAAGUCGACGAGAAGAAAGACAAGCCAAAGGCAAAACCAGCCGGCGACAGGGACAAGCCAAAGAGCCCCGCUGCAAAGGACAAGUCGCUCUCGGCACCCAGCCGCUCGGAAAAGAAACCCAGGAGCGAGUCGCCCCGAUUCGAGCGACCCCUACCCGACAUCCCCGAGGAGACCUCCCAAAUAACGUCCCCCACCGAACCCAAGGCUCCACCGAACGACACCGGAUCCCCUUUCGCUAGAACAACCGAGGAACCGCCGAUCACCGGCUUUGCCAAACGAGACCGGAGGAAGAUCGAUGCGGCUGCCAUCAUGAAGAUCGAGAAGAAGAUACUCGAGGACUCGGACUCGCCCCACCAGAUACGCAGCGGCGCCAUACCCGACAACCACGCGCCGGAGACGAUGCAGCAGCCCGAGCCCGAAAUAGACUUCUGGAACGAGAUCGGCAGCCCCCGGAGCGUCCGUCUCUCCAGAAAACCGCAGUCCCACCUCGACUCGGAGCCAAGGAGGUCCCUCGAGCUCGACCUCUCCGCGCCACCCAACGACGAGGAGCCCCGCUGCAACGGCACGUCCAGGCGCCGCGGCUCCACGGACGAGCAGCUGAGCGAGACCGAGCGCACCAGCACCGUCAAGAAAAUCUCCAAGUGGACCAACCACGACAACCUGUCGAGCCUCAACGACGCCGACGCCACCCCCCUAGCCUCAAAGGAGGCGAGCCCCCUCGUCUCGGCCGCCUCCUCCACCACCAAGAAACGGAUCGUCAAGAAGAAGAAACCGGCAUCUGCGGCGUCGAGCACGAAGAAGUCCAGCGAGAAGGUGAGCACGAAAAAGGGCACGAAGAAGGGCAGCAAGGCGGGUAGCAAGGCGGGCCUCAAGGCGCCUAUGUCCGCCGCCGGCUCGCCCCGGAACUCCCCGAGCCAGAGGCCCGCCGAUCUGAACAAGCUGUUCUACACGACCCCGGCGAUACUGCUGACGGCGACGCCGAGGGACCUGCGCAAGGUGCGGAGGGCCAAGGUCAAGAGGAAAAAGCCCUCGACGCGGACGCCGUCGUUGAGCAGCGACAGCACGGGCAGCACGAGGAGCACCGCAGACACGAGCAACGAGGAGGGCAGCAACUGCGAGGAGGACGCCGAACACAAGAGACUCGCCUCGACGAGAAGUAAUGACUCGGGAUUCGAUGGAUCGCCGAGGCUUUCUACACCAUCGCAAUCGUCCGAGAACCAAAGAAGCAACGCGGACAGCGAUCACUUCCACCACAGCGGCCGGAUAACGCCGCCCGCCACGAAUCUUCCCAGAUUCAAGAAAUACGAGGUCACGGACUUUAACUUCCUCAAGGUACUGGGCAAGGGCAGUUUCGGCAAAGUCCUGCUCGCGGAGCUUCGGGGCACCGAGUGCGUCUACGCGGUAAAGUGCCUGAAAAAGGACGUGGUGCUCGAGGACGACGACGUCGAGUGCACGCUGAUCGAGCGCAAGGUCCUGACCCUGGCGACCCGGCACCCGUACCUGUGCCACCUGUUCUGCACCUUCCAAACCGAGUCUCACUUGUUCUUCGUGAUGGAGUACCUGAACGGCGGCGACCUCAUGUUCCACAUACAGAAGAGCGGCCGGUUCUCCGAGGCCAGGGCCAGGUUCUACGCCGCGGAGAUCUGGUCGGGCCUGAUAUUCCUUCACAAGAAGGGCAUCGUCUACCGCGACCUCAAGCUCGACAAUGUCCUGCUCGACUUUGAGGGCCACAUCAGGAUCGCCGACUUUGGCAUGUGCAAACUACAGAUCUUCCUCGACAGGACGGCCGACACGUUUUGCGGGACGCCUGAUUACAUGGCCCCGGAAAUAAUAAAGGGGCUAAAGUACAACCAGGCGGUCGACUGGUGGUCCUUUGGUGUCCUGUUGUACGAGAUGUUGACCGGUCAGUCGCCGUUCUCCGGCUGCGACGAGGACGAGCUGUUCUGGAGUAUCUGCAACGAGCGACCCUUCAUUCCCCGGUACCUCUGCCAGAGCGCCACCGAGCUCCUCGUCUGCCUCCUCGAGAAGGACUCGGGCAAGCGGAUACCCGGACACGAGAUCGCCUGUCACUCGUUUUUCAACUCCAUCGCCUGGGACAAGUUGGAGCGGCGCACGCUGGAGCCCCCGUUCAAGCCCGCGGUGGAGCACACCCUGGACACGAGGUACUUCGACACGGCCUUCACGACGGAACGCCCGAGACUGACGCAGGUGCCCGAGCAGAUACUCACCUCCAUGGACCAAACGGUCUUCCGUGGAUUCUCGUACACGAAUCCCAACGCGACAGACUGAACGCGAUCGCGAGUGCCUUCGAGCAGGGGCUCACAGGAAAAAACAAAAUUUCUAUCCAUGCGGCUUUUUUUUUUU